AGCAGUUUUCUGGCCCAGCUCGGAACUUUGCCAGAACCUUCCCGCGUCUGGGACACGCCUCCCAGGCUACAGCGAUCAUGGCUCCGAUUCGCAUCGCUGCCAUCUCUCUCGCCGCGGUCUGCGCAUGGAACCUGUUCUCGCAGGCCUUUGUGGCCUCCGGGCCGAGCGCGUCGUCUCGCCCUAACCGCGUGGCCAUGCGCGCAGCGUCGAACACGGCCGGUGGCGGAUUUGCUCGUGGCCCGCUGGUGGUGUACAUGGACGCGCUCAUAGAUGCGGCCGCGAGUGCGGGCGAGAGCGUGACCGUCACGAAGGACGUAAUGAGGUACAAGCAGUUGAGGGAGAAGAUGACCGGUGACAUGCAGUUCGAGCUGACGGAGGCGCUCAACAUUGCUGGCGCAUCUGAACACUCACAGGCCUCGUCAACCGUCGAAAUUAUGGGUCCCUGGGAGUCCACCGUGUUCCCCAAGUUCGUCACGUUCCUCGCCAAGAAGAGGCGCUUCAAGUCGCUGAGGGCGAUCUGCGAGGAGUACGUGUCGUUCCUCUACGCGCGCGAGUCUAUCGAGCCCGUCACCGUGUAUUCGGCGACGAAGCUGACGGACGAGCAGGUCGACAAGAUCAAGGCGAAGAUGGCGGACAAGCUCGAGGUCCGCGACAUCAAGCUCAUCCAGCAGGUCGACCCGUCCCUCCUCAGCGGCUUCAAGAUCGAGUGGCGCUACACGGACCCGGAGAACCCGACGGUGGGCGCCGAGUCGAUCGACCUGUCCCUGCAGUCCGCGCUGGAGCAGGCCGCCAUCGCCGGGCGCUGAGGAGGGCGGCACCGCGAGGCAGGAGCCUCCAGC